AUACACGGGCAGUGGGUUGUUAAACCUUGAACCAAAGAUUCUACCCAAUUCAGUUUGUAACACUGCGUGUAAACGAUGUAUUGUUUUGGAUUUGUUCUUGGUUGAUCGGCGGUAUACACAAGUCAACAAUUCACAUUGUGCAUGUUCCCACAUUAUUAAUUAUGGAACAGUUUUAACACACACAUAUAUAGAACGCAACAUGAAAAAAAUGACAAUUUUAUUUUUAUUUGUGUGUAAAGUACUGAAAUUCUAGAUUCUUUUUAAGGUUAUGUUAGCAAACUUAUUAUUGAAAUAAUUUACUGCACCUUUCAGAGACAUAAUUAAGUGUUGAAAUGGUAGACUUGUAUCGAGAUGUGCUAAAAAAAUGUGAUUAUGUAUCUUUGCAUAAAUUUCCCCAUUAUGGAAUGCCAGGCCAUAUUCUACAUAAUAACAUAGAAGUGGAACAUGAAGGCAGCUUACGUGCCUUUCCUUUUAACUGUAUGCAUCCACUGCCAUUUCUGCCUCCAGCUAAGGUUUCCAGGAAAGUAUUGGAAGGUGAAGAUCCAGCAACAGUUUUGGUAAAAAAGAAAUGCCUGUGGAAACACAAAAUUUCUGUGCAUAAAAGUCACUACAAGACGCAAAAGAAACGUAAGCAAUUUCAUACAGGUGACCUUUAUACUUAUUUGUACAUGCAUAAUAUUUCCAAUACAAUAUGUAGUGAAAUACAUAGAUAGUUCUUAAACUUUGUAUUUGUGAUCACCUACAUAGUGAAAAAGGAUGUGGUUUCACUUUAGCAACAUUUUGUUGGAGGAAGGGCUUUAAUUAUAAAAAGAGCUUUGGAGUGUCCUUGUUUUAGCAGAGAAAUCUCUGAAAUUUGAACAGAUGUGCAUAUUUGGCUGUGUAUUUCCAACAGAAAUUACAUGGUUUCUGGAGCCACCUUCUUCUUGCUUAAAAGAAAGAUUUUGCUGUAACAUGAAUUAACCAUUAAUGAUUGAAUUUGAAUGUGCAAAGGUUGUGGACCAGUGGUACUCUGGUUUCAAAACUACAGAGGUGCACUGCUACAAGAAACCAAACUGGAAAUGGUGGAAAUGUAGUCACCAAUUUCACAUCACAAUGAAAAUAUGUUCUGUGAAAGUCUUCAAGAUCUGAUUUCUUCAAAUAGAAAAGUACACACAGUUUCACAUGAUGCUGCUUAUUAUGUGAAACUAAUUGCAAGAAAUCCAGAUGAAGAAUUUGAUGGGACUUACAAUUGGUACUACGGUGGAGGAUGCUUGGAUCAACUGGAGGUAGAUGGCCAAGUGUUGCUUCUAACCACUAAAGGGAAGAAGAAAGACCAGCUGUGUGUUGUGCCAUUGGAAGUGAAAAAUUACUGGCAGGCCUCAUUGCCAGCUGCCAGUUCUGUUCAGCCCAUCUCUGGUCAUACCAUCCACCAACUGUGUGGCUUAUACAGGCAAGAUAAAGGUUUUAUUGGCAUACGUCUACGCAAUGUAUGUCAACUGUACUCACUCAAACCAAGCUUGAGUUUGGAAAGUAUACAUAAGGCAACAUCUAAACAUCCAUUCACAGGAUUAGACAUGAGUCACCAUUCCCCUGGAACAUAUUGUACUGUUACAACCAACAGAAGUGUUCAAGAGUGGGACUUGAAUGCAUGGAACUGUGUUACUUCUCAAGUUACUACAGAAAAACAUUUGGCAGAUAAAUGGUGCAGUGUAUCCUACUGUACUGAUCCACACAUGAUAAGGAUGACUGACAGAUGCUGUUCAUAUUUUCUAGACAAGAGGAAUAUAAGGAAAUCAAGUUUGCUGCUAUGCCCCAAGAAGGUGCCAAAUAUUUUGGAACACUGCGAGGACAUAUCAUUGGUGUUCCAAAGCUGCAUACUACCACAUGCCUUAUAUGUGUGUACAAGUCACCAUGUUCUUCUUUAUGACAUACGCUCUGGAUCAAAGCCCUUACAACGUUGGACACACCUCCUCUGUUCCACACCAUUAUAUGGUUGUACAGUAGCACCUAGUAGUGGCAAAGAGUUGGUAUGCAUAGGAAACCAAGAACCUGGUGAGAUAGUAACAUUCCUCAAUACUUGGGAGGGCAAAGUACCGUAUUGCCAGGUACCUCCUUUUGCUAUCCCGAACCUGCACGAUGCACUUUAUUCUGCUCACAAAUAUGGGCUGUGGCUUGAUCCUUUCACACAACAGCGUUGUAAGCUUAGCCUGACAGGACUUGUAUGGCUCCCACCACAAGCUUCUAAGCUUACUCUUCUCUCUCAGACUUCUGCUGGAGAUGUCUUCAGUCACAUCUUGAAGCCUAGGGAAUUUCUGGGAUCAAGUGAGAUAAAAGAGCAUAGCAGAAGUAUGGGGGACAGUACAAAUCAGAAUAAUAAUCUGAAUAGUGGUUCAGAGAUUAUGAAAGACUAUUUGAAGAAAACGGAAUUUCGAUGCAUGGUAAACUGGGAACAACAGCUACUCAAGAAGAAGGCAUCAGCUAUUCUGAAAUUAACAAGAAGGAAGGAAAUGGAACACAUAUAUGGAAGACUGCAAUCUUGUGAAUACAAACAACAUCACGGUAGAAAAAGAAAGAUUCGGGGAGGUAAUAAGUGGAAGAUGUCCAAGAAAGUGAUGGAAAGUUGUAUUGAUGUACUGGCUCCUAGGAUGCUUGGAGUUUGGGGCAUUGAAGAAGAACCAGAGUGGUAUGAAGGACAGUUUGUUUUCCAGGAACAUGAUUCUCCCACAUCACAUGAUAAAGUACAAGCAUGGUUGACCAGUGUUCAGAAUGAAGAUCAGAACAAUGUAUCACACAAUGGACGAGAACAAGAGGUUAGAAGAUCUAAGAAAUCUCAAGUUGCAUUGAAUACACCACAAUCAAGAAAACAUUCUCAAAUUGCAAUAAAGGGCUUACACGAAACACUACCUCAUGGGUCACAGAACAUACUGACCCAUUCCAGAAAAAAAUUUGCUACUUCAACACCUCUUAAUUCAGUUUCAAGACAUACUGAAGGUCCUACCAAAGAUAUUCUUCAAAUAUUGGAUCUUCAAGUUAAUGACACAUUCAGUCAAGAUAUAUGUGUAUCACAAAAUGAGAAUAUCCAACAGAGUCGAGAGUUAAUACAAGACGAAGAAUGUAUGAUUCUGAGCCAUACGACCAGUAAAAUGAGAAAGAAAGAUAUUAAAAUCAAUAGCACGAGUGCUGGUUUUUAGAUGGGUUUCUGAACAUACUGCAUAUCAGCAAUUUUUAAAAUUUAAAUGCCUCAGAUCCUGCACAUUUUUAAAUCUGCUGUUUCAGAAAUGCUAUACCGAUUGAGAAAAUGGUUUUGUUUCUGGCAGCUUCAGUACUGCUGUGGAGAGUUUGUCUGUUGCUCUGCUGACUUUGACUCUGUACAGUGCAACAGUGUAAAUGGAAAAGUAGUUGAUUACGUAGUUGCAUGAAAAGAGAGAUCGACAUGACCCACAUUCAAUGUGUUAAUAAACCCUGUACUGGUAUAAAACAAUUAUCUUGUGAUAUCCAGUAUGAAUAAUAUUUUAUGUGGUGAUAUGCUAUACAACAUAAAAUGAAAACUGUAUAUCUGUAAUUUUAAUUAAUAUGAACUUUUUAUACAAAAGGAUCAAAGACUAAAAUACUUCAGUAUAAUUCUCGUUUAAAUGUAUUACUUGGACCCAGUGAUUAAAUAUAUUACUUAACAAAUGUGA